ACUUCAAUCCAAUCAACGCCGUUUCUUCUUCUUCUUCUUCUUCCUCGCUCCAUUAUUAAAAAUAUCAAUCAUCUCUCUCUUAAUCAAAACCUCAGCUUCGCAUCUCAAAUCCCUCAGGAUCCAUCGCGACUUAUUUGAUCAAAGAAUCGUCGCCAUGUUUAUGAAUCGGCUCUUUGGGAAACCUAAGCAGGAGGGUAAUACUCUCCAAACCCUAGACAAGCUCAAUGAGACUCUUGAGAUGUUAGAGAAGAAGGAGGGUGUUCUUAUUAAGAAAGCUGCUGGAGAGGUUGAGAAAGCUAAGGAGUUCUCCCGGGUUAAGAACAAACGGGCGGCUAUACAAUGUUUGAAAAGGAAGAGGUUAUAUGAGCAACAAGUUGAACAGCUCGGGAAUUUCCAGCUCCGUAUUCAUGAUCAAAUGAUUAUGUUAGAAGGUGCUAAAGCAACAACAGAGACUGUAGAUGCUUUGAGGACUGGAGCUUCUACCAUGAAAGCUAUGCAGAAAGCAACAAACAUUGAUGAUGUUGACAAGACAAUGGAAGAGAUCAACGAGCAAACUGAGAACAUGAAACAGAUCCAAGAAGCAUUGUCAGCUCCUUUUGGGUCUGCUGCUGAUUUUGAUGAGGAUGAAUUAUUAGAUGAGCUUGAAGAACUAGAAAGCGCAGAGCUAGAAGAGCAACUUCUUCAGCCUGUUCCAAUGCAUGUGCCUCAAGGAAAGCAACCUACUCGUCCUGCAGCUCAGAAGCAACCUACCGCUGAGGAAGAUGAACUCGCUGCCUUACAAGCUGAUAUGGCUCUCUAAGGUAACUUUCUCGUUAUCAAAAGGAAACAAAACUAUUUGAUGAAAUUCGAUAUUUCAUCGGAUUGUUCAAACGGCUUUUGGUUACUGCAGCUGAAGCUAGCCUUGGGAGAUCUCUGUUCAAGUGGGGAUAUUUGUGUGUGCAUUAUUAUUUAAAACAGAAAGAAAGAUUUUAUGUAUAUAAGGAUCCGAGUCAAAUUGAUCGGACGGUUUUAUUUUUUCCAAUAUAAGUAACUUAAAUGAACUGCAUAUGAAUGUUUCUUUUACAUUUUGUUUUGUUUCUUCAUGUUGACACUUUCUUGUUGUAAUCUUCUAGGUUACGACUUGGUUCUUCCUAUUCUUUU